AUGCAAAUACCGAUCUUGAACUUAACAGCGGUAUUCUGAUUGCUGUUUCAAUUCUGGAGAAUGAAGCUGCUGAGGCAAAAGAAAUACAUAACGCAAUAGAGAGUUCUUUAAAAGAAAUCGCUAAUAAAGAAAUUAUAGGCAAAAAUAUAACACUGUAUUUACUUAAAAGAGUGAACGAUAUUACUCGUGGUAGAUCUUUAAAAUCAAAUAUUGCAUUAAUCAAAAAUAAUGUUAUGGUUGGAAGCCUGAUUGCAAAAUGUCUUGCGGAGUUUGGUUCCAGCAGCAAAAACAUAAAAGAAGAACCAACAGAAAAGGCAGAUUCAUCAUCAUUGUUAAUAUUUGGUGGUUCUUCUAUGGAUAUAGCUUCGACUCUUGACCCGGUUGAAUCCAAAAAUUAUUCAUAUUAUUACACAUCAUCUCCAGACAAUCCACCGGAGAAGUAUAAAAUUGUAGAAAAUCAAAGAACCGCAAUAUACAAUGCAAUAAAUGAUCCUUAUGGUCAGCUUAUUUGUGCUGUUGCUGACAUGAAUAUAUUCGAUA